AUGGUACAAUGGCUGUGUCACUGGAGAGGAGAGGGCCAACCCAGCAGUCAACCCCCCAGAGAGAGGAGAGGAGAGGGCCAACCCAGCAGUCAACCCCCCAGAGAGAGGAGAGGAGAGGGCCAACCCAGCAGUCAACCCCCAGAGAGAGGAGAGGAGAGGCCAGAGGGCCAACCCAGCAGUCAACCCUCCCCCAGAGAGAGGAGAGGAGAGGGCCAACCCAGCAGUCAACCCCCCAGAGAGAGGAGAGGAGAGGGUCAACCCAGCAGUCAACCCCCCAGAGAGAGGAGAGGAGAGGGCCAACCCAGCAGUCAACCCCGGAGAGAGGAGAGGGAGGGCCAACCCAGCAGUCAACCCCCAGAGAGAGGAGAGGGCCAACCCAGCAGUCAACCCCCAGAGAGAGGAGAGGAGAGUGCCAACCCAGCAGUCAACCCCCAGAGAGAGGAGAGGGCCAACCCAGCAGUCAACCCCCCAGAGAGAGGAGAGGAGAGGGCCAACCCAGCAGUCAACCCCCCAGAGAGAGGAGAGGAGAGGGCCAACCCAGCAGUCAACCCCCCAGAGAGAGGAGAGGAGAGGGCCAACCCAGCAGUCAACCCUCCCCCAGAGAGAGGAGAGGAGAGGGCCAACCCAGCAGUCAACCCCCAGAGAGAGGAGAGGAGAGGGUCAACCCAGCAGUCAACCCCCCAGAGAGAGGAGAGGAGAGGGCCAACCCAGCAGUCAAUCCCCCAGAGAGAGGAGAGGAGAGGGCCAACCCAGCAGUCAACCCCCCGGAGAGAGGAGAGGGCCAACCCAGCAGUCAACCCCCCAGAGAGAGGAGAGGGCCAACCCAGCAGUCAACCCCCCAGAGAGAGGAGAGUGCCAACCCAGCAGUCAACCCCCCGGAGAGAGGAGAGGGCCAACCCAGCAGUCAACCCCCAGAGAGAGGAGAGGGCCAACCCAGCAGUCAACCCCGGAGAGAGGAGAGGGCCAACCCAGCAGUCAACCCCCAGAGAGAGGAGAGGAGAGUGCCAACCCAGCAGUCAGCCCCCCAGAGAGAGGAGAGGAGAGGGCCAACCCAGCAGUCAACCCUCCCCCCCAGAGAGAGGAGAGGAGAGGGCCAACCCAGCAGUCAACCCCCCGGAGAGAGGAGAGGGCCAACCCAGCAGUCAACCCCCAGAGAGAGGAGAGGAGAGUGCCAACCCAGCAGUCAGCCCCCAGAGAGAGGAGAGGGCCAACCCAGCAGUCAGCCCCCCAGAGAGAGGAGAGGAGAGGGCCAACCCAGCAGUCAGCCCCCAGAGAGAGGAGAGGGCCAACCCAGCAGUCAGCCCCCCAGAGAGAGGAGAGGAGAGGGCCAACCCAGCAGUCAGCCCCCCAGAGAGAGGAGAGGGCCAACCCAGCAGUCAGCCCCCCAGAGAGAGGAGAGGAGAGGGCCAACCCAGCAGUCAGCCCCCCAGAGAGAGGAGAGGGCCAACCCAGCAGUCAGCCCCCCAGAGAGAGGAGAGGGCCAACCCAGCAGUCAGCCCCCCAGAGAGAGGAGAGGGCCAACCCAGCAGUCAGCCCCCAGAGAGAGGAGAGGAGAGGGCCAACCCAGCAGCUGAUGCUCUGAAGGCUGAUGCUCUGAAGGCUGAUGCUCUGAAGGCUGAUGCUCUGAAGGCUGAUGCUCUGAAGGCUGAUGCUCUGAAGGCUGAUGCUCUGAAGGCUGAUGCUCUGAAGGCUGAUGCUCUGAACACUGAUUCUCUGGAGGCUGAUGCUCUGAACACUAAGCCGUUGGUGGUUUUCAAGCAAAAGACAGAAGUUUAG